AUGCGAACCGUCGACGGCCGAGGUUUCGAAGAGUCCGCCGCCGUCCGCGUCGACCUUUCUUCAGGUUUUCUCCUUUUAUAAACAAUAUGUGAAAAUUUAAUUCAAAUGUAUUUGUAAAUGUGAAAACCUUUUUGCUAGAAAAUAAGACAGGGCCUGAAUUUUUUUCCCUUCUUUCUCCCUUUAUUAACCUUUUUCAAGCUAUUCUCGAUUAUCAUUAAGGAUUGUACUAUACUUUUUUUCUCAUAAUUCCCGGUUAACUUUCAGCUGUUUCAAUGAGAUUUUUUUUCUUAGAACGAACACCACGCCAAUUGUUUUCAAUAAAAUUUACAUCCAGAAAAAUUCGCCAUUUUACGAUUUUCUCUCUGUUAUAAGUCUUGUUCCAAAUACAAAGAAACCAUUGAAUGGUUUUCUCACUUUAACUAUUUAUGCAGUCAUUUUUGCAUAAACUCCGUCAAGUAAGCUGUUUUGAUUGUUUCUCAGUUAAUUUUGAUUUUUUUUUUCGCAUUUUUUUAAAUUUUGCUGCUUAUUUUUAACCUCCACUACAAGUCGGAAAAUGUUUUUUUUUAGAAAAAAUUGUUUUACGCACUUUUAUGAAAAGAAUGUUGAUUGAAUAUUUUCUGUCCUCUGACUCACUCUGAAGAGCCAACAAAAUCAUGUAACUUUGAAUGCUCUCAAUCUGCGAUGGUCAAACUGGAAACAUUUGGCCUAUUUUUUCUGUUUUUUAUCUAGUAGUUUUUUUAAAAAUAAUUACUCGAGUUGGGUGUUUUACAAUGAAUUCAAACUUUGUUCAGGAAACCCCCUGGAAUGCGAGGCUAUCUGCUACGAGCUUCAAAACUGCCGCCGUCAACGAGUUGUUCGCCGUCUUGUGUACGACAGUCGAAAGGAAGCUGAAUCUUUCGCCCAAACUUUCAAAAAACGCUCUCAACAUCAAUCACCUCGUAAUUGCUCCUCUUUUUCUAUUGAUCGCUCAACGAACUUUUGCAGCGCACCUGGCAAAAAAGCUGGAGUCGAGGAAAGUUUUGGUCCUCGUGAACCCCUUCAGUGGGCAAAAAAAUGCUCUGAGUUUGUGGAAAAAGUUUGGCGAUCCGGUGCUCAAAGACGCAGGAAUCGAGUUCGACCUCGUGCUCACGGGUAGGUCAUUAUAAUGAAGGUCAAUAUCACCAAAGUUAUUACAAUAUAUUAUCAAAACAAAAAUGGUCCCCCUCCAAACAACGUUCCUCUUUUAGCAUAUUGUUCGAAGGAAAUCUAAAAAAAUGAUAAACUUUCCAGUAAAAAAAUGUCGCGUUGGAAAUGAUUUUUUUCAGAAAAUCUAAUUUUUGUUUAAAAAUUAUGGGCCAUAAUCAAUUAACACGGAAAAAUUCCGAACGACUCCAAAAAGAAGAAUCUAAAGCUCCUUCUUGAGUUCCUAAAGAAGUGACAAAAGUUUCUCUGAAUCCACUUUUUCGUCUCCUAAAGAGUUUUUUUCAGAAAUCUUUUUUUGCCGAACCCUCUUUUUAGGUCCUUGGAACUUUGCCCAUUAAUAAACGUUUUUCUUAUCAAAAAAAGAAGUUUUUGUGAAAAGUUUUACGGGAGCACCAAAGAAGAUAGUGACGAUUUACGAAAAGAUCCUUCCACUAUCACUAUCUUACAAUAUGAUAUAAUUUUUCAUUAUGAUUCAUCUCUUAUCAAGUCUGACUCGUGUCACCUUUUCACUGAUACCCUAUUUCAAUUCUAUGUUUCAUUUCCAUAUUUCUAUCCUUUCUCCCAUACACUUUAGUUUUUUUUUUCAAAUCUUUGCAACUUUCUGGUCUGCCUGCGCUCUCUUCAUCAUUUAGUGCUGCUUUCAUUUUUACGUGCUGAUCAAAGGAGAAAAGAUCUCAGUAAAGCUGUUUCAAGCUGAGGGAACCGAAGUAUAUCUGAGGAGUUGCUUUUCGCAUCUGAAUGGACUGUUCAAGAGUAUGCGGGUCACGCAACAGAAUUGUUGCGCGAGCUGGACAUCGAUCGUUAUGAGUCAGUCUUGGUGAAUGGCGGGGACGGACUUGUGGCCGAGGUUGAAUUGGUGGGGUGAUACAGAAAUAAUAAACUUUUCUAGGUUCUAAGCGGUCUUCUUCGACGCGAAGACAAAAAACGAGCCCUGAACCUGCCGAUUCUUCACCUUCCUGGCGGAACGAGCAAUGCUCUCGCAGCAGCCGUAUGUUUCGCCUGCAAGUGAGUCUUUCGGAAAGUCUUUUAAGAAAGGCUCAAAUAACUUAAAAUUUGAAAAAAACAUUUCAUAAUAGAUAGCACUUCACUUUGAAAAUAAGGUUACCAAUUUUAAAAAGAUUCUUUCUAUUCUUCGAAAUGAUUCACAAUAAUCCACCCACAAUGACGCUCGGCACAGACUCCAACUACGAAUUUGAAUCUUAGAAAAUACUUUACGUGUUGAUAAUGGAUAACUUUGCUUGAAAAAGCUUUUACUGUAUUAUAGUCAAUGUUUCCCGACUUGAAAGGCGUGGGAGGCGUGGCAAGGGGCGGGACGCGUAGCGUGUGCGUACGCGGUUCUUGGCACGUGUUCAAUUCAACCGCUAGCGAGCAUUCAGAGAGCUUAUUUAUUGCUCGUUUCACUUGUUUUUUAAUUAUUUAUUGAUUAUGUUCAUGUGUGCAUCAAAAAAUAGAAGAAAAUACAGAAAAAGAGCGGUUGCUGAGCUUUUUAAAUAGUCGGCGGCGAUUGAAUUGAACUGGCGCCAAGAACCGCGUACGCACACGCUACGCGUCCCGUCCCUUGCCCCGCCUCCCUCGCCUUUCAAUUCGGGAAACAUUGACUAUACCUACGUUUAGAAAUAUGAGGAAACUCGACGAAUUAGGUUUAAGGACUCCUUUAAGGAUAAUUGCCCUACAGUAAUCUCUUCGAUUUAAAUCACGUGCAAAAAAAUCAGCUUUGAAGUAUAUUUUUUUAAUUCUUUUCUAUAUUUUUAAUUUUUUUUUCUAUAUUUUUUGAUUCGUUUCGUUUGAAUAUGAAAAAGGAGGAUUUUUUUAUAAAUAAAACUCCCAUCAGACCUAUCUGGAAACUUCGGCUGAUAAUGUCUCAUCCGACUUUUGUAAAAUCUUUGAACGAUAAGUUAUGAACUGAUUAGAAAACAGUUGGAAACUUUCAAACGAGGUCUGCCUGAACUCCGGAGAACGAUCAAAGUUUGCAGCGAACCUUUCACGGCGCGCGACUAUUUCAUCCGCGAAUGCACGCUCUUCGCAUGCCGACCACGCUACAUGCCUCUGUGCCUUUACAAGUGAGGAAAGUGUCAUUCCCCGUUUUCCAAGGAGUUCUUAGAGUCGACACGGAGCAUGACGGCGUCAGGGACAUGUUCCUCAGUGCCACCUGGGGUCUUGUUGCUGACAUCGGUUGGACUGAUUUUUAAGAAAUGGGAUUGAAAAGAAGUCUAGACUUGGCAAGUGAGCGGUUCCGAUGGGCAGGAAUGAUCAGACUACACAUGGAAGCGACUCUUCGCAUUAUGCGUAGGCUUUCCUGAACUUUAUUUUUGAAUAUUUGCGCGACUUUAGGAUUGCCGUCGACUUCGACCUAUCGAGCUAAGAUCUCGUACGUUCCUGUGAACAAUAAGCAGAUCUCUCAGAACACUCUGGUAGUUGGAGACAAGUACACAUCGGGGACGGAGCACCCGGAAACCGCGUAUGAAGAGGUAAAAUCUAUAGAAAUUGACCCUGAAAAGUAAAAAAUUUGGGUCGACUUUAGCACUCAUCUCAGCUCGAGUGCCCAUUAUCACAUGAAAAAUGGCUUGGCGUGUAGCAACAACAAGUGACAUAGUAAAUUAAUAUAGAAGGCUGUUUUUUGCAAAUACGACUGUUAAUUGAUUUCGACCGCCAUGCAUUGAGUCAGUUCACGAGCGGUGCACGUGUCAGGCGUAUGCAUGUUAUUUUUGUAACUGUUUUCGUUCUCCAAGUUAAAAUGAAAAACGAGAAUCCCUCUCUCUCGCUGUACACAGUUUGGUCCUUGUGAUCCAUCACUCGUAUCACUGCAGAAAUAUGUAGGGUACGGAAUGUCGACAAUAUGUGGCGCGUUUUUGACGAACUAAUUGCUGCAGAAGCCAGACACUGUCAAAAAAUCAUGUUGAUAAUAAAAGUUGUGUUUUCAAAUUGGUUCAAGAAGGUUGAAGUUCUUGUCUGGUUUUUCAGUGGAAAGGAAAAGUCUACCCAUUAUCGGAAGCAGUCGAUGAAAAAUGGACAACAAUAGAAGGCGAAUGGGUCAUGGUUAACGUUACGACAUGUAGUCAUCUUGGUAUUUCUUGUAAUUCUUCGUUUUUUUUUUUCGAUCGAUUCAAACAUCAUUCAAAAAAAAAGUUCAGGAUCGGACCUUCCUUACUUGCCAACGACGAAACUGUCAGAGACGAUCAUGUACUUGACACUCAUCGAUUGGAAAACUAUCAAAAAUCGUCUAGAGGUGGCCUUGCUUUUUAGCACGAUGAACGAUAGGAAACAUCUCGCGUACCCGUGUUUCCAGGUGUCCUCUACAUGUAAAUAAGAUAGACAAAGAUCAACUUUUCCAGGUAAUUCCUGUCAGAGCGGUUCGUGUUGUUCCAGAUAAAAGAAACGCUCACAAGGGAAUGUGUGCAAUCGACGGAGAAGCUUUCGAACCGGGUUCUUCCUUUCAAGUUUAUCCUUCCGGUGACAAGGCUACUGUAAUCGGCCGCUGAAAGACUGCAUUUUUGAGACCCAGUGGCGACACGCUCGUAAAAAAUUUGCGUCUUCUAGCCAUUUUUUUUUCUGUUUUCUGUGCACUAUAUUUAUCAUUGUUUAAUAUUCGUUUUCGUGCUCAUAAUCUAUUUUUUGUUUUUGUUACUUUUUUGAGGGUUUUCCGCACCUAAUUGAGUUUUUUUUUCGUGCAGGGUAUUUUAUCUCAAAUUAUUUUAGGGUAUUAUUAUUACUUCUUUUUGAUUACUUCUUUUUCUCAUUUUUUUCAAAAAGAGAGAAUAAUUUUCAAAAAGGGCAACGUUACUUUUUUAAAAGUUCUGACGUACAAAUUUCAGCAGCGGGCCUAUGGUAUCUAUCUAAAUGCAGUUUUUAGUUUCGGUUUGUCAUCAUGAUUUUUGUUCAGUUGUUUGUGGUACUUUUAAAGGAAGUCACGGAAGCCAUUGGCAUAGAAGUGGCCAGCACGUGUGGCCUCAUCAUCAUGAGAGCGUCUGAUGUUCUUUAUUCCCUGUCCUCUUCUUCUCUUAUCAGAUAAUUGAUUGUGCGGUUUUUUUUAUCGCGACCCUUACAGAAUAAAUAUUCGUCGUAGGCCAAUGGUUCUGUUCUUUUUCGUUUCUGUUAUCGGCAGUUUCAUAUACCCCGGAAAUAAUACCAAUUACCUUGUGAAUCGCCUUUGAUUCCAGUUGGGACAGCACAAUGUGCAUCAACACACCUGGACCAAAUAAGUGCGAUGGCGCCGGUGCAGUUAUGCCUCAAAUCAAGUAGGAAGACAAUUUUUGAGAAUUAGGAAUGUAAGAAUGGAAGUUCAGAAAACAAUGGGUACGUGGAAACUAUUCUCGAGAAGCUACUCAGGAGCCGCCAUGGUACGUCAACAUUCUCGUGCAGAUGAACUGCUACGUCAUGUUGUUCGGCGCCAUGUUUGCCAGUUGGCUCCAGUCAAUGGGAAUCAUCCACGGAAAGGCCAAGAAGGACGAUCCACGAUUGAAGGUUGAAACUUUUUACCUUUUUCUGAUUCUUUUAUUUUCAUUUGUCCAUGUUUUAUUCUACUCUAUCCAUCUGCAUUUCACCUUUUUUUUUGCUUUUAUUUGGGUUGAAAUUUUUUAGUCAUAUUUUGCGCAAGAUUAAAGUAACUUACGCCUCAUUUUCAUUUCUAAUUCAGCUCAGAAGUAUAAAUCUCGUAAAGUUCACAUUCAGCUUGUAAACCGUUAAAAAUUCAGAAAAGACUGAAAGAAAAACUUAAUUAAAUCAUUCAAUCUUUCGUUGUGUGAAUUUUUCUGUUUCUUUCUCUUGCUGUUACUCCAGUAUGUCACAAACUACUAGAAAAAAAAAAAUUCUCUCUCACUUUCUUAAACUUCUUCUAUACUUCACCCAUUGCUGUUAUAACGCAGAUGCUCAGGUUACGGUAAAAUUCAUGAGACCUGAUAAUUUCAGAUUCAUUCAAAUCCAUCAAUCUCUCUUCUAAAACUAUGAUUUGUAAGUUCCUUUCGUUUAGAAUUUUGCGCCGCUGGACAAUCAUUUCGAAGCCAUCUACACCAACUACAUCUACAGAAUGUCGACAGACGUGGUAAAUCGGCCCAUUUGUGGCGUUCCCGGAUCUAUAGUGCGUCUGAAAGAUCGCUACACCGACGACUACGGUUGGACUCAGAAGUAG